CAUGAUGAAAGUAUAAUUUCAGUAUUAUAGUAGAUAGAAGAAGUGAAAUCUACAACCAAAACCUAAAGAAUUGCACACCAUAGUCAUAUAAAAGGAUUGGGAUUGUAGGAAGAUGGAACUGCAUUAGAAAAUGCAUCUGGUAUGGUUGGAUAAUAAAUAGCAAGAGAGGUAUUUAAAGCAAAAAAUAUUAUCAAAAGGCAGCAGGAAUAUUUGUUGAUAUGGUUAAAUCUAAAAAACUUGCUGGAAGAGCAUUAUUAAUGGCAGGACCACCAGGAACUGGAAAAACAGCCAUAGCAUUAGCAGUAGCUUAAGAAUUAGGAUCAAAAGUUCCAUUUUACCCAAUGGUUGGCUCAGAAGUUUAUUCUGCUGAGGUGAAAAAGACAGAAAUACUUAUGGAGAAUUUUAGAAGAGCUAUUGGUUUAAGAAUUAAGGAAACUAAAGAAGUUUGGGAAGGAGAAGUUAUUGAAUUAAAAACAGAAGAAAAAGAUGAUUAGACAGGGUAUGGAUAUAUAAUCAAUAAAUUAGUUAUGGAAAGGUAGUAUCAGCUGUAGUAAUAACUUUGAAAACAUCUAAAGGAUCUAAAACAUUAAAAUUAGAUCCAUCUAUUCAUGAAAAUUUAACAAGAGAAAAAGUCACUAUUGGAGAUGUUAUUUAUAUAGAAGCUAAUAGUGGAAAUGUCAAAAGAGUAGGAAGGUGUGAUGUUUAUAAUAGUGAAUAUGAUUUGGAGGCAGAAGAAUAUGUACCAUUACCUAAAGGAGAUGUUCAUAAAAAGAAAGAGAUUGUCCAAGAUGUUACUUUACAUGAUUUAGAUGUUGCUAAUGCAAAACCUUAAGGAGGCCAUGAUUUCGUAUCUCUUAUGAAUCAAAUGAAUAAAAAGAAAAAAACAGAUAUUACAGACAAGUUAAGAGGAGAAAUUAAUAAAGUAGUCAGCAAAUAUAUUGACUAAGGAGUCGCAGAAUUAGUGCCUGGAGUUUUGUUUAUUGAUGAAUGUCACAUGCUUGAUAUAGAAGCAUUCACAUUCUUGAAUAGAGCUUUAGAAUCUACUCUUGCUCCCAUUGUAGUAUUGGCUACUAAUAGAGGUUACUCUUAAAUUAGAGGUACUGAUAUCAACAGUCCUCAUGGAUUACCAGUAGAUCUCUUAGACAGGUAUUAUAAUAUUUAUUAUAUUAAGAUUAUUGAUUAUAAGAACUACUCCAUAUAACUUAGAAGACAUCAUUAAAAUAUUAGCAAUCAGAGCCUAAACUGAAGGACUUAAGAUAACAGAAGAAGCAUUGUAAGAGUUGAGUAGCAUUGGUAAUCAAUCAUCUUUAAGGUAUUUAAUAAUAAUAUAUGAACUUAGAUUUGCUAUCCUAUUGCUGACUCCUGCCAAUAUAUUAGCUUAAACUUCAGGCAGAGAUGAAAUUGCCAUAUAGGAUAUUUAAGAAGUUCAUGAACUUUUUUUACAUGCAAAGUAAAGUGCUAAAAUAUUAGAAUAAUAAGCAGAUAAAUAUAUUAGUUGA